CAGUCAAAUUAUAAACGUCAUAAUCUUAAACGAAAGUUGUUUAUUUGGGAUUAUUUCCAAUUAAUUCUUAAAGUUGUGUAAAACUUCCACUACAAAACUUACAAACAUAUCUAAGUUUGAUGUUAAUUUAUUCGGUUAAAGUUAUUUGUGUGUACAAUGGAAGAAAAUGAGGAAAAUGUGCAUCGUUUAGAAGGCACGUCUUCUGAUGCUCCUGGCGGCUUAAUCAUCAAGAAAAAGGAUAAACCAGCAGAUUUUCAGUUCGCACGACCUUCUUUACUCGGUCUAGAUAAGUUGGCUGCUGCUAAAAGGAAGCAGAAUCGUCUAAUUUCGUUUCAAAAUGAGGAAAAUGAUUGCGAAGAUGCAAUUGAGCAAGAUAGUACUUUGGCGGCAAAGGAUAGAAAGUACAGACGGCAUAAUGAAGAGACACCAACAUAUACUGGUGGAUUGUCAGAACAAGCUCGAGAGAGAAUGCUAGAACGCUUGCAAAAGAAAGACAAAGAGUCCAGAGAAAAAGGUGUACACUACUCCACUCAAGAAGAAAAAGAAACGCGCUCCAAGAAUGACAGUGAUGACCUGUUCUACCGCCAUCCUUAUGAUAGGCGAGAUCGCAGCAAGGACAAGAAACGUGAUGACAGGAGAGACAGAGACACACGCAGGGAUAGAGAUAGUAGAGACAGGGAUAGAGGUAGAAGUGAUAGAGACAGAAGGAGGGAUUCAGAAAGGAGAGACAAGGAUAAAAGGGAUCGCAAUACCGAUAGAGACAGUUCUAGAAGGAGUUACUAUGAACCACGAUUUAAAGAUGAGCCAAAAACGCCAAGCAUUAAAGCUCUCAAGCCAACAGACAAGACAGCUUGGGACGACGACGAUGAUGAUCCAAAAGCAGUCAGGAAGUCAAGUUGGGAUUUCCCUACUCCCUUACCCAAGGAUGACAGACCUGACAGGUCGAGUCGAAGUGAACGACGUCCUAUGAAGGACUAUAAAGGCAGGCCUUAUGACGAUACACCCAGAGCCACACCUCAUAAGUGGGUAAGCUCUCGACGUGGUGUGGAUAUAGAAGAUCCCGAUUGGCAAGAGGCUGAAAAGAAAUUGGACAGAGCUUGGUAUAAUAUGGGUGAAGGUGAAACUGACGAAUCGGAUCCCUUCGCUGGCACAAGCGCGGAGUACGUGGCGAAGAAGGAGGAGCAGAUAGAGAAGAGACGCAACCGCAAGGUGUCCGCCGCGCGCCAGCAGAUCGACAAAGACAACGAGCUCUGGGAGCGGAACAGGAUGUUGACCAGCGGCGUCGUGCACGCUAUCAACGUCAACAAUGAUUUGGACGAGGAAAGCGUGGAUCGCGUACAUCUACUAAUUCACAACAUCGUGCCGCCGUUCCUCGAUGGAAGGAUUGUCUUCACUAAACAACCCGAGCCUGUUAUACCGGUAAAAGAUCCCACUUCUGAUAUGGCGUUGAACGCUCGAAAAGGAUCCGCCCUAGUCAAAGCGUUCAGAGAGCAGAAGGAAAGAAGGAAAGCUCAGAAGAAACAUUGGAAGUUAGAAGGCACUAAAAUAGGUAACAUAAUGGGUAUCCAGAAACAAGAAGAAGAAAUGGAAGAAGGACCAACAAAAGAAGCCUACAAAUAUGCUGAGCACUUGGAUAAGAAAGAGGCUCAAGAACCAGAGUCAAAGUCAGAUUUUGUGAAAAAGAAGUCAAUAUCGGAACAACGACAGUUUCUGCCAGUGUUCGCUGUACGAGAGGAGCUGAUGCAAGUUAUCAGGGAGAAUAACGUUAUCAUUAUUGUUGGUGAAACGGGUAGCGGCAAAACAACCCAACUGACCCAGUAUCUUCACGAGGAGGGUUACAGCAGACUCGGCAUGAUCGGCUGCACCCAGCCCCGGCGUGUGGCCGCCAUGUCUGUCGCCAAGCGAGUCUCCGACGAAAUGGGGGUUAAAUUGGGUGAAGACGUAGGAUACGCGAUCCGUUUCGAAGACUGCACGUCACCGCGAACAGUGAUCAAGUACAUGACGGACGGUAUCUUACUCCGAGAAGGACUACGGGAGCCCGACCUGGACCAGUACUGCGCAGUGAUCAUGGACGAGGCCCACGAGCGGUCCCUCUCCACUGACAUGCUGUUCGGGCUGCUGAGAGAGGUGGUAGCGCGUCGUUCAGACCUGAAGCUCAUAGUGACGUCGGCGACGAUGGACUCGUCCAAGUUCUCCACAUUCUUCGGCAACGUGCCCACCUUCACCAUCCCCGGGCGGACCUUCCCCGUCGAGACAUUCUUCGCUAAGAACGUCUGCGAGGACUAUGUAGAUGGCGCUGUCAAACAAGCACUUCAAAUACAUCUGCAACCCGACGAAGGCGAUAUUCUCAUAUUCAUGCCCGGUCAAGAAGACAUUGAAGUAACUUGUGAAGUCCUCACAGAACGUCUGGCAGACCUGGACGCCGCGCCGCCUCUGACCGUGCUGCCGAUCUACUCGCAGCUGCCGGCCGACCUGCAGGCGAAGAUAUUCCAGCGCGCGCCGCCGGGACAGAGGAAGUGCAUCGUCGCCACCAACAUUGCGGAAACGUCACUGACUGUGGACGGUAUAAUGUACGUGAUAGACUGCGGCUACUGCAAACUGAAGGUGUACAAUCCGAGGAUCGGUAUGGAUGCUUUACAGAUCUACCCAGUGAGUCAGGCCAACGCGCGCCAGCGGGCGGGGCGCGCGGGCAGGACGGGCCCCGGCAAGGCCUUCUGCCUCUACACGCAGCGGCAGUUCCAGCAGGAGCUGCUGGCGGCCACCGUGCCGGAGAUACAGCGCACCAACCUCGCCAACACGGUGCUGCUGCUCAAGUCGCUGGGGGUCGAGGAUCUGCUGGCCUUCCACUUCAUGGAUCCACCCCCACAGGACACAAUCCUGAACUCGAUGUACCAGCUGUGGAUCCUGGGAGCGCUGGACGGCACGGGAGCCCUGACGCCCCUGGGCAGGCAGAUGGCGGAGUUCCCUCUCGACCCCCCGCAGUGUCACAUGCUCAUCGUCUCCGCCGAAAUGGGAUGCAGUGCUGAAGUUCUUAUUAUUGUAUCAAUGUUAUCGGUGCCUUCGGUGUUCUACCGACCUCAGGGUCGCGAGGAAGAGGCGGACGCCGUCAAAGAGAAGUUCCAGGUGCCGGAGUCAGACCACCUCACACUGUUACAUUUGUACAAUAUGUGGAAGUCUAACAACUACUCUAGCGCGUGGUGCACGGAACACUUCGUGCACGCAAAGGCCAUGCGUAAGGUUCGCGAAGUUCGUCAGCAACUGCGUGACAUUCUCACGGCACAGCGCCUGCCGCUCGUGUCGUGCGGCACCGACUGGGACACCGUGCGGAAAUGUAUCUGCUCUGCGUACUUCCAACAAGCGGCUCGUCUCAAAGGCAUAGGGGAGUACGUGAACUGCCGGACAGGCAUGCCGUGCCACCUGCACCCCACGUCGGCGCUGUUCGGGCUGGGCAACUCGCCCGACUACGUGGUGUACCACGAGCUGAUGAUGACCACCAAGGAGUACAUGCACUGCGUCACCGCUGUGGACGGCCGGUGGCUCGCUGAGCUUGGACCCAUGUUCUUCUCUGUCAAGGAGACUGGAAAGUCCAAUCGCGACAAACGCAAAGAAGCCGCAGUACACCUCCAGCGCAUGGAAGAAGAGAUGAAGCAAGCAGAACAGAAGAUGGCAGAAGAGAAGAAGAAGAAAGAACAAGAAGUGCCUGUGAAGCAGGAGAUUGCUACUCCCGGCCUUAACACUCCGAGACGCACUCCGCAUAAAUUAGGGUUAUAGACAAAAAGGCUCAAUUCUUCUAAUAUUUCUAAGGAUUUUAAACUUCUAAAUGUCAAGGUCGGCAACUUAGGUGCGCGUAGAAAUCGAUUUUUAUAAGAAGGUUCCAAAUUCAAGGUCCUUUUAGAUUUAAAUGAAAGUCCAAGCUCCAAUCUUAGUUUAAUCUAAUGAUUUUAAACUUAUUUCGUGGUUGUUCAUUACGAAUAUUAUUUUAGUUCAAUCUACCUGCAAAAACGCAUGAAAAUCGAUGAAUUACUUUUGAACAAACAAUAAAUAGAUGAAAAAAUUUAAUAUCCCUUUUUUUUCAGUUUGUAUUAAUUAAUUUUAUUUUAAAUGAAUAUUAGAAAGAUUAGCUUGCAUUAAACGUAGUCUGUGUGGGCAGAUUUUGUCUUUAUACUCUAUUUCAAUAAUUAAUUUUGUGUCGUCUCGUCGUUUGGAAUAGAAUUUGAUUAGAAUGUUUAUGGAAAUAUUUAGACAAUAUUUAGCGACCAGUCGUAGGCCCUUAGUAAAUGGGCUUUAUAAGAAGGCUCAAAGUCUAUCAACGGGCGAUUGAACUAUGCUCAGUGUAUCUCUGCGUGAUCGAAUCUGAGGAGUUCUGCAGAAUAACCAAAUUCACUGAAAAAACUCAACAAAUGGCAUAACUGAAGUGGCAUAGUUCGAAACUUAACAUUGGGCUCCCAAGAUGUUGGAAUGGCGACAAUGUAUUCACAGUGCCAAACAAAAUAAUAAAAAAAAUAUUACGACUUUUCACGCAUAAUAGGUAGUCUGAGAGCUGGUAGACAUUAUUAAGUAGAUGUUUGAGGCAUCGUGAAAACUUUGAUACUUAAUAAAUACAAUUUGGUAGUCGUAAGCUAUUUUGUGACAGGUCAUUCGAGGAAAUACUACACCAUUUCUGCCGCCAAAGAGCAUCGCUUUGUUUCUGUCGGUAUGGUGGUAAUGGGGAUGAUGACUAUGUCUAAAUAUAUUGAUUCUUAUGAUACACUAGCUGACUCCGCGCGGUUUCAUCCGCGUGGUUCCCAUUAUCGUAUGAAUACGGGGAUAAUAUAUAGCCUAUAGCCUUCCUCGAUAAAUAGGCUAUCUAAUACUACAAGAAUUUUACAAAUCGGAAUAGUAGUUCCUGAGAUUAGCGCGUUCAAACAAACAAACAAAGAAACUCUUUAGCUUUAUAAUAUUACUAUAGAUUCGGGUAAAUAAGGUCAAUAUCAACUAAUUAAUAUGUAAAAACCAAAGAAUGUCUGGAUGUUUGCAAAAUAAGAUUGUAAGAUUUCAAAAUUACUAAAAUUCUUUUAUCGUAAUUAGAUGAAAAUUCAUACACUUUUAGAUUCCUUACAUUAAACGUAACAAUUUUCCAAAAAUAAAGUAUAAAUAUAAACGCACAAAUAACAAAGAUAUUAGUAAUUUUAUUUGAACGCCCAUACAAAUCUAAGGAUCAACGACGUCAUCAAUUCGUACCAUUUUGUAUGGAGCGUUUUUCAGGGAUCCGCGGCAGCGCCGCAAAUCUGACCCUUUAAAUCGCUGUAGCUCCGAAAGUAAUGAUCGCAGAUACCCUGUUACAUUUACAAAAUUGCUUUACUAUUAGCAUACUCCUAAUUUAUAAACAAUUUGAGAAACCGUCAUCAUCCCUAUUACAGGCACUUAGUGUUUUUCAGAUAUCAUGGGUAAGGUGACAGUCGCCUGUAUGACGUUCAUAACGUACUACCGGGAAUCGCGGCAAACUUUCAAGAGUGAAACGAACUGUCACCCGCACCAUCCUACAUGAAACGAACUGUAGCAAUAACUUUACUUCCAUCUCUUGAAACUAUGAUAGACUAAACUUUAAUAACGGAUACGAUACCUUAUAGUCUAAGAUAAGAAGAAACGUCCUUCACCUAUUUGUUUAAUGGAUGCAAAAUGUUUUAUAUCAAACUAACCGAUUCACCCGCGUAGUUCACGUUCCCGUAAAAUACGGGGAUAAAAUAUAGCCUAUGACACUCACAACUGACGUGGGAUUUUUAGUGAUCUAGAUGUUACCACAAUACCACAAACUUUACCUCUUUAUAAUAUUAGUAUAGAUUUAUUUAUUUCAAUAUCUUUAUUGCUGAUGAUAAAACGCAGUGCAUGAGGCGACCUCACUAAUAGUGAUCUUUUUCAGGCUACCUAACACGAAGGAUUUAUUACAUUAAAAAUAUAUUGCGUGUAGGUUGCCUAACUAUUAUUACUAAACUAUCAUAUUAAUAUGAUUUGAGACGUGAUAGCCCAGUGGAUUUAUGACCUCUGCCUUCGAUUCGGAGGGCAUAGGUUCGAAUCCAGUCAGGGGCAUGCUAUGCACCUCCAAGAUAUGUGCAUUUUAAGAAAUUAAAUAUCACGUGUCCCAAACGGUGAAGGAAAAACAUCGUGAGGAAGCCUGCGUACCAGAAGAUCUUAAUUCUCUGCGUGUGAGAAGUCUGCUAAUCCGCAUUGGGCCAGCGUGGUGGACUAUUGGCCUAACCCCUCUCACUCUGAGAGGAGACUCGUGCUCUACAGUGAGCUGAAAAUGGGUUGUUAUUCAGUGGCGUAGCUUGCAUUGGAGGGGAGGGGACAUCUAAAUUUGUAUUUGCUACCCUGUUGUUGUUUUUGAUGAUGAUGAUAAAUGAGUUUGGCCAGUUUUAAACACCCUACUCGCAAAAUAUUUUUUAGCAUCCUAAUUUUUGUAUGAAACACUUUUAAUCCAUUAAAUAGAUAGGCGAAGUUUCUAAUCUUCCAAGUUGACGGAUAUAGGAUAGAUUGAAGGAUUUGUUUCUAGUGUGCCUUACGAGGUAGUUAUGUUAUAGGCGAUGGUUAUGAUAUAGAUAUAAUAUAUAUAUGGUUAUGAUAUAGAUAUACACAUGGUUAUGAUAUAAAUAUACUUAUGAUCAUGGACCAUCGGCUUAUUCCGUCCCUGCCUCAUUAUAAACGUUUUAAAUCAGUGAAAUUUGUUUGCAUAAAAUAUAUCGACAGUUGUUUAUCUGAUUAUACAUUUUGAGAUUUUAAUUCAUUAAAAUUUUACAAGAUAAUAAUAAAAUCAGAUAAUAAUUGCUCAAUCGCCAAUAACUUUGUAAGUUAAAUCAUAUUUUUUUAAAAAUCAUAUUGAAAUAUAUUUGAGAUGAUUUGUAAAUAAAUAAGAAAACAAAAAAUGGCUAGUUAAUUUAGAAAAGUAUUAUAAAUAGCUUUAUAAUAAAAUAUACUUCAAACUUAAAAAACAAAUUUUCAAUUACAAACAGAUUUUUUUAGUGUACCAAAAAAAUUUUACUGAUUGAAAAAUUUAUAGCGCAGGUCAAAUCGUUGUAUUUUAUGAGGGUAGUUUAAUAUUACGAUUGUAAACCUUUUUGACUUUGUAGUUCGUACUGUAAAGUGAAAUAUUUUGUGUCAAAAAUAAAAUCAACUCUUUUUCGAAACAA